AUGGACAGGUACGGAAGUUGCGGACAAAGAUGCGACAGAAGGUCUCCUCGCAAACCUCUGUGCUGGUUGGAUGUACUCAGUCGCAAUUAUUCAUUCUACCUGGCUAUGGAGAACAACGUGUGCGAUGAAUACGUGACCGAAAAGUUAUACAAUCCACUUGUGUAUAACUUGGUCCCUGUGGUCUGGGGAGGUUCAAACUAUGACAAGUUUUUGCCCCCGAAUUCUUACAUCGAUGCGCGAAAAUAUCACCCAGAGGAACUCGCGCAGCUCUUACAGCAACUUCAGGCAGAUCCGGUGGCUUAUGGCAAGUAUCACAUCUGGAGAGGGUUUUGGGAGGCAAAGGUUGGAGGCAGUUUCUGUGAGCUCUGUUACCGACUGCACGUUGAGAGAGAAGAAAAACAUUACACUGACAUCGGUUUGUGGAGACGCAAUAAUAAUGAUUGUAAAGUUGUACCUAAAAAAAUGUUCAACCCAGAAACAAGGGUUUGGAAAGACUUCAUUAAGAGUAACUAUUCUAGUUAAAAUGUAAUGUUUGUUUAUAUGUCUGCCUUUCUCUCUCUCUCUCUCUCUCUCUCUCUCUCUCUAUCUAUCUAUCUAUCUAUCUA